AUGCAACGUUUACAAGACACCCGCGGUGCAGUGCGUUGCCGCGCGGCUCUAGCAUUACAGCGUUUACAGAAUCCUAUGGAUCCAGAGGAUGAAGUUACCAGAGCAUAUCACUUUCAUAUGAGUUGCGACCCCAGUUCCUCUGUAAGAAGGGCGGUUGUUAUGUCAAUAGCAAAGUGUACAAGAAACGCGCCCUUUGUCCUGGAGCGUCUAUGUGACGUAGACGAAGCGGUGCGGCGUGCGGCCUUUCUAUAUAUCGCCGCUUUAAAUGUUACGCAACUAAAAGUGAGACAUAGAGUACUGACUCUGAAGAUUGGUUUAACCGAGCGCAGCUUUCGAGUACGCCGUGUUGUAGAAGAGAUUCUAAUCCCUGGCUGGUUAAGCACAUUUCAGGGGAACAUUGUAAAAUUGUUGAAAGCAAUCCGUUUGGACAACGCGCAAGACGCUAAAGACUCCCAAUAUGUUGCUGGCAAACUGCUGGAGUCUCUGUUCAAACGUCUCCCAGUCUCUGAGCUUUUAGAAUGGCUGCCAACUGACAAAAAUUUGCGACUGGUUCCUGCUGAAAAAUUAAACAAGGAGACGGCUUGGUACUGGCGCCAUUUAGCGGAACAUUUGCAGAAUGUUGACGACGAUGAAACAUUAGAAACAGUUGUACCCGAUUUAGUAGUCCUCAUUGGAUAUAUUAGAGCUAUUGUAGAAUCGCCUUGUCCAUCUGAAGCAGAAGAUCCAGUGGGAUUUAGCACGCGUCAGUAUGUUUUGCAAGAGUUGGGUUCAAUGAUACGGGUUUAUGAUGCCUCAGAUCCGACUGGCAGAAGUGCACUGCAGGCCCUCAUUACUGAUGUUCUUACAGGUGACUAUGGUCCACUAAACCCAGAAGUCUUGAGAGCAUUUGUAUCAGCAUUAGAACUGGUUGUUCCGGAAGUUUCACCUCGAAUGGAAGUGAUAAGUGGCGUAAUAUCCGCACUACGAGAUCCGCCUGAACCAGAAAUACUACCACCUCAGCCCGUACCAACUGUUGACUGUGGAAAAAUUAAUUUACAGAAAGUGAAACUGCGUGUAUCUCUUAACGAGGCGAAAGAAGCCCAAGAAGAGGCAGUCAGAGAUCAAAAUUAUGCUCUAGCUGCAGAAUGUAAAGCAAAGGUCGAAGAUAUACAGAAAAAGCUAGAAGAAUUAAAUACUCAACUAACGGCACCACCACCACCACCACCACCUGUUUCAGCAACAAAGGAAAAGAUAUCUGACGAAGCAACACUUAACAAGUGCUUGACGAUAUUAAAUGCCGCGCUGGAUACACCCCAGCUAAAAACUAUAACUCCAAUGCUUCAAAUUAUUUUUAAGGAAUUAGAGAUUGAGAUUUUUCAGAACCCUGAUGUACUAAUCAAUGCACUGGAAACGGUGGCCCUCUACGGCCAAUUGGAUAAAGAAUUUGCAAAAGAAAACAAGGCUUUCUUCUUUGCAAAUUUAAUAGAUACAAGUAACGAGCCAGUCGUGACAACAGUCCUGCGAUGCAUAGUGGACUUGUUAUGCGUACACGGUGCGCCAGUGUUCGAAGAUGAAGCUGCAGAAUCGCUGAGAGAGGAUUCUCGAAUUGAAAAGAAGAAAAAACGGAAUCCGCGUCUUUCCAUCGAUGCUACUGAAGAUGACGGUAGCAUAUCUGAAUCUGUUAUAUCCUUAUCACCAACACACAGUACAGUUAUCGAAAUACUUUUGAAAAUGAUGGACAGCACAUGUGCCGCAUACAGACUUAUUAUUGUGGAAGGUCUUUGUCGUCUCAUACACCUUGGACAUUUAGAAUCGCCGACUAUACUGAGCAGACUGCUACUGCUUUGGUUUAAUCCGGCUACUGCGGAAGAGGAUAUGUUACGUCAGACGAUCGGAGUUUUCUUUCAGACAUUCCCAGUCACUGUAGACGGCGCACAAGAACAAAUUCAAAAAGCGACGUUACCUACACUUCGCGCGUUAGCAAACGCGCCAUCUAGUUCUCCACUUGCUGAAAUUGACCAAGAGGCGGUCGUGCGAUUUAUUGUUUCUCUCACCAGGGUUAACCAUGAGCUGGUGGACAGCCAGGGCGGCAUGGCGCUGACGCUGUGUAGCGCGCUGUGCGGGCGCGGCGGUACGAGCGCGCCCGAGUGCGCGCUGGUGUGCCGCCUGCUGGCGCUGCUGUCGCCGCCGCGCCACGCGCACGUCGCCGCCGACCUCGCCACAGCGCUGCGCCAACUCUCCAACAAAAUACCAGAAAAACAAUCUCAACGAAAUCUGUUGCGCUAUUUGGGGGCACUAGAAGCAUUCGAACGAUCAAGCCUCAACAAAAUGUCCAACACAGUUGAUACUGAGGGUAAUAUGCAGACAGACGACACCAUGGCGCAUAUAGGACGGGUUACGACUUCUCUGCCGCAACCAUUAGCACGGAGCACCCACGUGGUGGUGAACGAAACUGUCGAAGAAGAGGUGGAGAUCGACGAAACCUCGCCCGGUGAAUUGGUGACAAUUUCUGAAGAAAAGCAGCAACCAUCGGAAAAUAACAGUCCAAAAUCCACACAAAAGUCUACAGACUCUGACGACAUACCGGUAGUGGAGCCGAAUGAAGUACAAUCUGACAGUAGUGGAGUCUCACCAGUAAAAAAAGCGAAGGUUUCAAAAGGAAAGAAAAAGAAACUAUCCAUAAACAAGCAGCCAUCUGAAUCUGGUGUCACCAAUUCGAAAACAGCAACCAAGAAAAAGAAUAAAGCGAGUAAGGAGAAAGAGGAUGUAGACGAGGAAACAGAAAAAGGGGGCUUGAAGAGAAGCAGGUCGCAGCGAUCAUUGGUGGAAGUGGACAGAGCAAAAUCACAACCAGCAAAAGAUAAAAAGAAAACAUCAUCCAAAGAGACUUCGCCACCGGUCUCGCCGCCGUUCCAAGAUCUCGACGUAUCCAAUGUAACCGUACGCAGAUCGACACGAAGCCUGCAAUCUGGAUCUAGUUCUGAAUCCACUGGGUCACCGCAGAGCGCUGGAACAGAGAACAGCCAGAAGAAAAAGAGUGGAGGAAAAACAGCGAAAUCACAACCAGCAAAAGAUAAAAAGAAAACAUCAUCCAAAGAGACUUCACCACCGGUCUCGCCGCCGUUCCAAGAUCUCGACAUAUCCAAUGUAUCCGUACGCAGAUCGACUCGAGGCCUGCAAUCUAGAUCCAGUUCCGAAUCCAUUGGAUCACCACUGAGCGUAGGAGCAAAGAAUAACCAGAGGAAAAAGAGUGGAGGAAAAACAGAACAAGGGAAGAAUACGAAGCAGACGACACGUUCGACUUCGAGCUCAGUUCGCAGCAGUGCGGGCAGCUCUCAAGGCUCCAUGUGCUAUGAAUCCGCUGAUGAUACCGAGUUGCAUACUAUAGUAUAUGAUAAAGAAAUAGAACAGUCCCUUCUAGAUGAUAGCAGUGAGCUGGCGGACAGUAAAAGGGUGUCCAAAUCGAAUGUCACCAUACCGGAGACUCCGGAUCCAAGUGAAGAGUCUGAUUCUGAACCGGAGCCUAUUAUCGUGAAAGGGAAAGGAAAACGCAACGGAAAAAAACAACAUUGA